CGGUGGCUGUUGGGACGGUCUGCUAAGUUGUAAGAAGCGGGGAAAAGUCGAGCUCCGAGCGCUUUGGGUCGAGCGCGCUGGUUGUUUUGGGUUUGUGAAAGGACAACGCUGGAAGGGGGAAAAAAUGUCCGGACUGGCUAAAUAGACUGUUAUCCGGGGUGUCCCGGAGAAGCGGGAAGGUGUAGAGAUGCAGGAAGGCGUCCGUUUUGCUUCUUCAGGAGAUGACGAUGUUAAAAUAUGGGAUUCAUCUUCUAUAACUAUUGUGGACCAGUUUACUCCACAUGCAUCUUCUCACCCAGUUAAUUCAGUAUGCUGGGGUAGCAACAAUAACUUUUUGGUAACAACGUCAGCUGUUGGUGAUAAGAUAGUGAUUUCAAAUUGUAAAGGAAAACCAGUUCCACUCUUUGAACUAGCUGAAGGGGCAAAGCAAACAUGUAUAAGCUUGAGUUCGAAUUCAAUGUAUAUUGCAAGUGGAGGAAUUGAUAGCACUGUUAAUAUCUGGGAUUUAAAAUAUAGAAAACUUCACCGAUCUCUUAAGGAUCAUAGAGAGGAAAUAACUUGUGUGUCAUUCAAUUGGAAUGAUUGCUAUGUUGCUUCAGGAUCCUUGAGUGGUGAAAUUAUCCUGCAUAGUAUUGCUACAAAUUUAUCCAGCACUCCAUUUGGUCAUGGAAGCACGCAGCCCGUACGACAUUUGAAAUAUUCUCCCUUUAAAAAAGCAUUACUGGGUAGCGUCUCUGACAGUGGAACUGUAACCCUAUGGGAUGUCAACAGUCAAACUCCAUACCAUAACUUUGAAAAUGCUCAUAAAGCUCCAGCUUAUGAAAUCUGUUUUUCUCCCAUCAGUGAAUUGCUGCUUGUAACUGUAGGUCUAGAUAAAAGAAUAAUUCUCUAUGACACAGCAAGUAAAAGGCAGUUGAGAACUUUAGUAGCAGAAACUCCUCUAACUGCAGUAGAAUUCAUGCCCGAAGGAACUUCACUCACUAUUGGCUCUUCUCGUGGAAAAAUAUACCAUUAUGAUUUAAGAAAGCUGACAGCACCUGUGAAAUCAGUCAGUGCUCACAAAACGUCUGUGAAAUGCAUAACACUGCAGAAUUGUAACAGUUUUUCAAAGUCUAGUCAUAAAACAAGUUCAAGUAAGCAAACUUGCAAAAAAUCGGAUGUUAAAUUGACAAACAAUGCUGGAGGAAUUCAGAAUGUUGGUAUUUUAAAAAAUCUUACAUCUAAUGCACCUGCUACUUUCCUGCCCCAGUCCAUGCCAAGUAAUGAAGUUAAAGGAAGUGAUGCUAUUCCAGAUAAAUCAGGCUUGACACAGAGCAGCAGUUUGGAUGUAAUUCCUUCCAAAGAGAUGGACCAUGGGUAUACUUCUAAUUCAACUAAUUUUGAAGAUUUGGGAAGAAAUAGUUUGGGUGACCUAUUUUCUCCACUUCGAGAUGAUGUUGUGGCUUGUAAAGCAAAUGAAGAUGUUCCAGGAAAGAAUGAUGGUUUGGAUUUUCAGUCUUAUCUUUUAAGCAUGGAUUUUCUCUCUCAGUUUAAUACUGCUUUACCAGCAAAAAAAAAUCCAGCAGGAUCAAAUCCACAUAUUAUUCAUUCAAGUCCAUUUAAUGUAUUUGGUGGAUCCCCCAUUAAAGAGGAAGAUGAGCAUCCAGAUAUUGAUGCUAAAAAAAUAAAUCAUGGAAAACAAGAAUCCAGUGAGCACAUCAAGCAGUUGAACGCCUCGAACUCUGAUUCACCUCUGAGUACUCCACCUGUUGCCAAUUUAAUCAAGAGUCCUGAUUCCAGAGAAAGACUCAUUAAGAAUAUCCAGACACAACUUUUAUAUGAAUCACCAAUUAACGGUACUACCUCAACAAGUCCAAAGAUAACCUCCAAUAUUACUUCUGGAGUUGCUAGUACACUAUCAGAGAAAAUAGUAGAUACUAUUGGAAAUAGCCGAUUGAAUGCACCUUUAUCAUCAAUACAAAUUCAUUUCAUUCAGAAUAUGAUACAAGAAACUUUGGAUGAUUUCAGGGAAGCUUGUCAUCGUGACAUUAUAAAUUUGCAAGUAGAAAUGAUCAAACAGUUUCAUGUUCAGUUGAAUGAAAUGCAUGCCCUACUUGAAAGAUACUCUAUAAAUGACAGUUUAGUAGCUGAAAUUGAAAGAUUGCGUGAAGAAAAUAAAAGACUUCAAACCCACUUCUGACAGAUUCCUAUUCAUGUGAAGAAAAUAAUUUGAUAUUUUUGUUCCAAGUGGCUAAGACAUCAUGAUGUCAUCUGAUAAUUUCUGAAGUAGAGUGUAAAUUCAAUAUUUCUUUCAGUACCAAAUAUUUUUAAUUGUAGAAAAGCAAUAGAUACUGACUUAAUACAGAAAAUGCACUUACAUUUGUAUCAAAGUGUUUCUAUGGUAAAGAAGUCAGAUGAAAAUUGAGACUAACAGGAUUAUUAACCGAUUCCCUAUCUGUGUAUAAAGUGCCUUUAUAAAAAAGGAAACUAAAUAGAAAAUGUAUUUUGUAUAACAAUUCAUCAACCUUCUUUGCCUUGUGUGGUGUUGAUGGAACUUUCUCCUUUUAGACUGAAAAAAAAUGCAAGUGCCUGACUUUUGAUUUUUAUAUUGUACGUGCUCUUUAAAAGCCCAUAUCUUUCCUACGAUGGUUACUUUGUAAGUGUAGAAUACAACUCUAAUAUGUAACUCAAUUGUAAACAAAAUACCCUCAGUUUUCUAUAUAAUUUCAAAAUACAGUUUGAAUAAACAAUAUGUGUAGUCUUGUCUAAACAUAUUUGACCCAAUAGUAUUACU